AUGAGGCUGUUUAGCAAGUUUCACAUCGUCUGUACUUUCACGGUAGUCAGCAUCCUGCUGUCCGCCUUGUAUUUAGGCUCCCAGCGUUUUUACUACCGCCGAGUCGGCGUACCCAAUCAACAGGCCUUGAAAUUUCAGCCGACGCAGUCAUUUGACCUCAGGCUGGUCGUAUUUGGAGAUUCGUGGAGCGACAACAAUGCCAAAGAAUUCCAGGCCAUCACCUUUGCAUGCCACCAAGAGAACCUUGCGCAGACCGCGAAGGCUCUAGAUGGAAGUUAUAUUGGCUCCGUGGUCGAUAAUGCCGAGCUUUCUAGUAGUACGUUGAGCCUGUACCGAGCCCCACUGGCGGAUUUUCGGGCCCAGGCCGCCCAGUGGCUAGCGGCGGAGGCAGAGAUCAUUGCCAAUAUGGAUGAGGAUGCUUUGCAUGAGCGGCGGAACCGCACCCUUGUUGUGGUCUCAUUUGGAGUUUGGGAUUUGUGGAAUGCGAUAGGCCAGGACUAUGACCAUGCGGCGGCGUCGAUCAACCACAGUAUUGAAGUAAUUAUGCAACAGCUGGAGUCGCUAGCGCAAAGCUGGGGCAAUGAUGAACUCAAGAUGAUUAUGACACUUGCCCCCGACGUGACUUUCUUGCCCGCCUUCCGACCUCUUGGAGAUCAGCGGGUCUCUCAGCACAAGUCCGCCGUUAGGCUGGUCGAAUAUUGGAACAGGCAGCUACGCACUUUGGCAGAAAAGUGGAAGAAAGCGACGGUCUACAUGUUUGACACAAACGCAUUCCUGGCCGACCUGAUUCGAGACCGACAACUCUACGAGGCAGGUAUGGAAGAAGAAGAAGAAGCCAACGGACUGGGUAAGAACCAAGACCCUGGCUGGAAGAAUGUCGAAGAUGUCUGUGUCGAAAACAGCGAGCAAUCAGUGGUGACAUCCGCGAUGAAGCCGUGCCCAAGUCCGGAAAAGUAUUUAUUCUGGAACCAGAUGCACCUUGGGCAAUCCGCACACCGACUUAUGGCUUUCAUCUUAUACCGACAGCAUUAUCAAGCAGCAGUGGUAGCACAAAAUCCAGGAUUGGCGAACCCAGAAAUAUCCAAGAUUAUCGGGGAGCAAUGGAGGAAACUUCCCCAGGCGACCAAGGAUGAGUGGAAAGCACUUGCGGAGGAGGAAAAAGCUCGACAUCAGCAACAAUAUCCAGAGUACCGCUAUCAGCCCCGUCGCUAUGGUCGUGAUGGGAAUUCCAGGAGUCUCAGUUCGGGUAUCAGCCAUAAUCCUCCUGGUUCAACUGCCUGCGCUCGAUGCGGUGGCCGUGUCAUGAAUCCACCCGCAUCUCCAGACACCGUCUUCCCUGCCAACGGUGCCCCCGCGAAUACUCGUACGGAAACAUUAACAUUUCGGAGCUACAGCUGCAGAGGAGAAACUGAUCGGGCCCCCAAACCCAUCAAGCUCGGGAGUAAUGGGGAAGCUCGUCCAGCUCGCCUACGCCAAUGGGAAGAGACUAUUCCCCAAUCCCCGGGCUCAAAGCGACGCCGAUUCAACCCUCAGAUGCCAUUCAAAACGGAUCUUCGGGACAAGAGCCCAGAGUCUCCAUACCCCGCAUCGCCAUACCCUCCACGCUCAGAGAGCCAAAAUGCACGAGGAAUCUCCCAAGUCCUCCAAGCAUCACGGGGAUUGCGACAUAUGAAGGAGCAGGCUGCUCCAGACCCAAGUCUGAAGCUUCCACCGCUCCAAACGCCCGCUUCCGCGUCCGGGUCGGUCACACCCAUCACUCCAUUCCCCCAGGAGGGGUCGAGCCUGGAGGCGACUGUCAUGACGAUUCCGUUUUUGAACAAAAUUAAGCUCCUCGCCAAGAUCUCCCCUCCUCUGCCCCAUACGUUUCGUGAGGGGGAUCCUCGACGCCGCGGGGCUGUGAUCGCUGUAGAUGGACAGGAUCCUCUGCUCGUGAAGGCCACCCUAGAGUACUUAUACGCCGCCUUGCAGAAAGAAGGAAAGUUCAAUCCUCGCAUAUUUGAAGGGCCUGAAAUUCAACCCCGAGAGAGCUACUCGGAGCCCGGGCAGAUGGGGGACGCUACCGUCGACUACCUCGACACCAUUUCCUCGUGGCAUCGCAUUUCCGACGAGAUUAAGAGCUUUGUCCAGUCAGGCUCGUCGCGGGCGUCGUUAGAACCCGCUUCAGGAAACGAGGCUGUCUCUCCCGGCGUCUCGCCCAGAACUAUUAUCCCCAAGACCGCCGAAAUGCGUAUCAGCUCCCCUACUCACUCGAGCGAGAAUGGAUCGGAGUCCGCUUCAUGUUUCACUGAGGCCACAAGCAUAGCCCCACUACCCGUGGCACUGGUCCCUCGGUACCAACUAACAACUGCGGAUGCUUUUUCUUGCUCAGUACCGAUCAACGAUGCCUAUACUCCCCUAGACCAUUGGCAGUGGAUGGCGUCGCUUUGGCGUGCCUGCGUCGGGCCCGACGUGACGGUCUACAUCCGGGAGUGUGAAAAGGCUGAAAUGGAGCGGUUUGCCGGGAACCCCGUAGAAAUCCGCCUGCGGGAUGCGCAAACCGUGGUCGUACGGAGACCCGCGAAUUCCCCGAAGGAGCUGGAAGAGAAGGUCCUCAAGCGCGUGGGGUUCGAGGUUGAGGACUAUCUUACCCAGUAG